AUGGGAAAAACGCAAAUAUGGGAAAAACGCAAAUAUGGGAAAAACGCAAAUAUGGGAAUAACGCAAAUAUGGGAAAAUCGCAAAUAUGGGGAAAACGCAAAUAUGGGAAAAACGCAAAUACGGGAUAAAAGCAAAUAUGGGAAUAACCCAAAUAUGGGAAAAACGCAAAUAUGGGAAAAAAGCAAAUAUGGGAUAAACCCAAAUUUGGGAAAAGCGCAAAUAUGGGAAAAAUGCAAAUAUGGGAAAAAAGAAAAACGCAAAUAUGGGAAAAACGCAAAUAUCGGUAAAACGCACAUAUGGCAAAAACGCAAAUAUGGGAAAAACGCAAAUAUUGCAAAAACGGAAGUAUGGCAAAAACGCAAAAAUGGGAAAAACGCAAAUAUGGGAAAAACGCAAAUAUGGGAAAAACGCAAAUAUGGGAAAAAAGCAAAUAUAGAAACGCAAAUAUGGGAAAAACGCAAAUAUGGGAAAAACGCAAAUAUGGGAAAAACGCAAAUAAGGGAAAAACGCAAAUAUGGGGAAAACGCAAAUAUGGAAAAAACGCAAAAAUGGGAAAAACGCAAAUAUGGCAAAAACGCAACUAUGGCAAAUACGCAAUUAUGGCUAAAAUGUAACUACGGCAAAAACGCAACUAUGGCAAAAACGCAACUAUGGCAAAAACGUAAAUAUAGCAAAAAUGCAAAUAUGUAA